CAGAACCAAGAUGUUUCUACAGAUUGACAUGAACGGACUGGUCAGCGGUACUGCAAACUGCUCUAGUAAAUUCGUUCAACUCGAGCUGYUGUCAGUAGGAAGAGCAGGACUGAAAAUGAUAAAAGGUGUUGCUAGUGGACGAUAUCUGGCCAUGAACAACAAAGGAAUCGUCUAUUCCACAAAACAGUCCGGCGAAGAGGAGACUCUGUUUGUAGAGAAGAUGCAAAGCAGUGGUUACAACACCUUCGCUUCAUCCAAGUACUACCAAAAGGCGUUUUAUGACACGUUCGUAGCCAUCAAGCGAAAUGGAAGGGUUAAACCUGGACGUCUAACAAACAAGCUCCAAAAACCAGCACAUUUCCUGAUACUGCCUGCAGUGUCGAAAAGUACUUGCUGAAAUCUGCAGCAGUUGCAGAUGAUGACCAUUCAUU